AUGCCAUCACGGCUUAUUCCAGUCGCGAUGCCGAACCUGAUCUACGACGGCGUCUUCACGACUGGACCCCGGGUGAAGGUGAAAGCCGCCGUCAUGGAGAGCUCCAAUUCGGACGGAGCUGAUGGGGUACAGGAGUCUGUGUCUCGUGUCCACAAGCAGGCCCUGAAGAAGGAGCUUCCCUGGCAAGCCAUGAGCAAAGAGGAGGUUCCGAAGUUCGUCCAGGCCCUAGUGGACGAGUGGACGGAGUGGCAGAAGUGGUCAUCAUGUCGGCCAGUGUAUCUGGAUGUCUCCAAGAUCGAUCCGGCUCUGAUCCUGAAGUCAAGAGUUUGUUUUCGCUGGAAGCCUAAGGGCGGCGGAGACUUCAAAUCCAAGGCGAGGACAGUCGUCGCGGGCUUCGUGACCCAUUUGAUCUGGAACGGUGACUGCCAGAGCGCCUUCCUUCAAGGAGCUCCCGAUGACGAACGCCCAACCAGUGUAUUCAUGAGGCCACCGUCCGAUCCAGUGAGCAAGCAAGCCGUGCCCGAGUGGAUGGACCCCAGCCUGCUGUACAAGCUCCAGCGCCCUGUCUACGGACAGGUCAACGCUCCGAGGCGAUGGUACAUCCAUGUGCGAAAGGUUUUGUACGAUCUGGGCUGGGUGACUCACAGCUUGGCCUGUCUGUUCUCUUCGUGGAGCGCGUGGGGGACAAGGACCAAGUUACGGCGGUCUUGGGGCUGCACGUUGACGACCUCAUUUUGGCAGCUCUUCCGGGGCAUGAACACCACUUACAGUAAAUGCGGUGCACGAUUCCUUCACUUGGGGCAAGGUGACUUUGUCUUUGUGGGACGCCGAAUUUGCCAGCAGGAGGACUACUCGGUUACAAAGACGAAGCUGGACCCAACCGAGCCACUGAGCUCGCACCCGGAGCUAGUGACAGAGUUCCGGUCGGGAAUUGGAAGUCUGCAAUGGCUGUCAGGCACGACACGUGGAGACAUCUCGGCCGACGUGUCGUUGUUGCAGAAGCCGCCCAAGGAGCUGAAGGUGGAGGACCUUCUCGAGAUCAACUCCGUUCUCCGCUACGUGAAGGCGACGAAUGGUGCGAGCUACCGGCUGGUCCCGAUCCCGCUGGACGAGCUCAUGAUCGUGGCCUACGGGCCCGGCUUUGGCAACGUUCCUGGGGGAAAGUCCCAAGGAGGCCUUGUUGUGGUCGCGACUUCGAAGGCGGCCCUGGAAAGUUCCCAAGCAGCAUCCCUGCUGGAAUGGCGUAGCUACAGGCACCAGAGAGUGCUAAGGAGCACCUUGGCUGCUGAAGCAGCCUCGUUGGACAAAGCUGAGGACUACGGCAAUUUCUUGGCGUGCAUGAUGUCCGAGAUGUUCGAAGCGGGACAUCAAGCCACCAUGAAGGCACCCCUCAUCAACGUGGUGCCAAUGACGGAUGCUCGAAGCCUAUGGGACGCAGUGCAUCGCUUGACGACGAGCUUUCAGGAGAAGCGUGUGGAGAUCAGCAUAGCGGCCUUGAGACAGCAGUGCCGCAACUUGCGCUGGGUCCCGACUGAGCAACAAGUGGCAGACGCGAUGACGAAAAGAAGCAAGGCGCUUCGCGACAGCUUCCGUGAAUGGAUGGCAUCUCCCACAGUGACGCUGGUGGAAAGCCGUAGUCCCGAAGACGUCCAGCUGCCUGGACAGGCCAACGAGCCCUGGCGAACAGGCCUUGUAAAUAUAGAGGAGUGCUAA